UAUUUAAAACAGAGACAGAGAGAAAGAGCGAGAGAGAAAGAGAGGGAUGCAGACUCCUAUGUUGGCAUCUUUGGCAUUGCACUUUGUCUCUGUGCUCUGCUUACACCUACUACCUUUCAGUCACUCACACACGUCUUUCUCUUGCCUCCGCUCUCUCUCUGCCUCUCUCUCUAUUGGCCCCCGGGGGCCACUGGUUAAAUGUCUGUGAUUCUUCUCUUCACGCUUCCCUAUCUUUUCUCUGAGCUUCCAUUGUUGGCUAAACCACAUGGCAGGUCGAAGAAUGGGCAUGAACUGUUUCCUGACCCUGAUUCACAUGGGGGCCACAGUCAGAAGGGGGUGACUGACUUGCUCGCUGUUGUUUUUCUCUUCUUGGAGGGAAUUUUUCUCCUCUUUAGUUUCGAUUUUGGCGGAUCAAUCACGUCCUGUCCUUAUUCGUUUGUCUCCAAAUGACAGUGGAAUGAAGCCGACGCAGAAAACCAUAAUUAGCCUAUUGCCCAACUCCACAGAGACCGUUUGACCCAGUCUCCAAUGUGUGACUGCAAAAAAACGACAAUAUUCAUCUGAAAACGACGUGGACACUUGAGAGAGUCUGUCAGUUCUGUGGAGGAUGUUCCAGUUGCGUAAACCAGGGAAUGGCGCAACUGUAAGUCUUUAAUUGCAAUCAUAAAUGCUGUGCGCAAAUCACAUGCGAGUGGCUAUUUUCUCCGGGGGAAUAUUAUCUGAACGACACCAUGUCGACCCUGUACAGUAACCCUCUUAGAGAGGGGGGCGGGUGGGCUCGCGGGUGGGGGUGGUCUUCAUGGUUGCUAAGGGCAACGGGGUGAGAUAGAUGGUGUGUAUUUGCGGAGCCGCAGCUGCGCGUGUGCUAAUACCACGGCGACCCUCGCGUACCCGCGCGAUUCACCACACUGGGGUUGGCUCGGCGGAAGCAUGAGGAUGCGAGCGGGGAUUUAGUUUCGGUGUCUUUUCUCGUCUGGAGCAGAUUAUUACCUUUCUCUACACACGCAGGGACGGAUUUAGCCACACGAAGCAAGGUUUGUGGCGCAUGCGGUCAUCACAGAAUAUGAUGCACAGGACCCCGUCCCCAAAGGGAAAUUGGACCAGAGCACUGCCAGAUGUACUGACAAGUGCUCAAUGAACUCACACCGUGGGAGCAGAAGGAAAUAUAUAUUUUUGAUACCUUGACAAGGACAAUAAAGAGAGGCAGGGCCAAACUGUGACUGCACAUUUAUAUUUUUAUUUUUUUCAUUUUUGGCCUCCCCCUGUUGAAAAACCAACAUGGCGGCCACAGAGGCUUGUGCUGCCCCAGUGCCAGCAGAGAGCACAGACACCACUACUACUAAAGCGGAGGAUGUGAAGCCCACCAACGCUGAACCCGCCAAUGCAGAACAACCGGCGCCGGCAGCAGCCCCAGCAGAGGCACCGGCCAAACAGGCAGACGAGACGAAAGAGACGACGGCAGCAAACGACGCCCCCCAGAGCACAGAGCCGCAGCCAGCAGCAGAGCAGCCCGCAGCCGACGGCAAAGCCAACAAGCCGGCCUCGGAAAACAUCCUGGGCUCCUUCCUGAACAAAAGCGGCCUGGGCAAGCUGAUGGGAGGCGGAAAGAAGAAGAAAGAGCCCAGCGCAGGUGCAGAGGACGGCGCUCCCGCCAAUGCCGGAGCUGACGCAGACAAGGACAAGAGCCAAGCGGACGAAGGCAACAAGGAGCAGCCGGCCGCCGACGGCAACGAGGCCGACGGCGAGGGGGCCGAGGACCCGGCCAUCGAGAAGGCGCCAGAGAACGACGAGGCAGCCGCCUCCGGGAAGGACGCCAAGCAGGCAAAGCAGGGCGAGAAGUCCAGCGUGAGGGACCUCAUCCGCAAGCCAGUCGCCCGCAUUUUCUCACACAGGAGCACAGAGAAGAAAGAAGGCGGAGAGAGCAAGAAGGGCGGCAAGGUGGUCAGGACCAGGUCCCUGGACAGGCUGGAGGACGCAGACGCCAGCACCGUCACGACAGAGAUGGCGGAAGAUGUUCAGGAGGCGGCGGAGGAGUCCGACAAGUCCGUCGGUGGCGCCUCAGCGCACACCACGAAACACAUGAAACGCUGGCACUCCUUCAAGAAGAUGAUGGCCCAGAAGACGCACAAGAAAAGCACAGACGACGCCAAGGAUGAGGAAGGCGCAGACGGAGCCGGGGACACUUCCACGCUCGACUCAACGUCAAAAUCAGAACACUCCGGCCAGAAGAGGUGGAAGCUGAAGAGGUCGUGGACGUUCCAGGGCCUGAAGAGGGACAUAUCAGUCACAGGCUUCCACAAGUCCAAGGAGGGCGAGAAGGAGGGCGCAGAGAAAACAGACGAGGCUGCAGAGAGCGCGGAGAACGACGAGGGUGCCGCCGCGGCGGCCAGCACAGACGAGGCUGCCGCCAAGGCCGCAGAAGAUGGAGAGGGACAGGACAAGAGCGAAGCAGCGGAGGGUGGCGAGGAAGACAAGGCAGCUGCGGCCGAAAAACGCGGCAAAUCAGUGGACCAGCACGCCAACGAGAUCUGGACCUCCUUCAAGAAGCGCGUCACCCCCAAGUCCAAAAAGUCGACGGAUGCCAGCGCCACGCCAGAGGAAGGUGCUGCAGCUGAGGGUGCGGCAGCAGCAGCAGCAGCGGCGGCGCCGACGGGCGAGCAGGGCGAACAGACAGAGGAGCAGGCAUCUAAAGACAAAGACGGCAAGUCGGCCAAGGCAAAGCGCACACACUUCAACCGCGCCGUGUCACUAAAGAACUUCAUCAUGCGCAAGGGCGGCAAGGGCACCAGCGUGGAGGGUGAGGCCAAGGAGGAGGGCGCAGAGGGCCAGGAGGGCACCACCAGCGAAGAGGCGGAGGCCCCCAAAGAUGAGGGCGCCGCCGCCGAGACAACCACAGCCGCCGCGGCGACGACAGAUGCCCCUGCGACCGAAGCCAAGAAAGAGGAGCCGGCUGCAGCCGCCGCCGCUGCUCCCGCCGCCGACAAGAAAGUGGAUGAGAAGAAGGCCGACGAGAAGAAGCCAGAUGAGAAGAAGGCAGAUGAGAAAAAGGCUGAUGAGAAGAAGGCCGAGACCAAGGCAGCUGAUGCCGACAAGAAGAAGUCAGAGCCGGCCACAGCGGCUGCUCCCAAGCAGCCAGAGAAGGAGAAGGAGAAGGAGAAAGAAAAGGAGAAGGAGAAGAAGGAGGCGCCGGUGGAGUCUCCGCGCCCGGCCGACACGGCCACCACGGGAGAGGAGCCCGCGGCCGAGGCCAAGACCAGCCGGGAGAACGGAUGCCCGGACGGCACGGCGCACAAUCACGAGGCGGCGCAGGACGGCGAGGCCAACGCCGACGCCAACGAGAGCCUCAACUGCAAGGAGGAGGAGGCGGCCGUCAUCGACGACGGGGUGACGGGCGACGGCAAGGCCAAGGACGGCAAGAUCCUCAGCCCGGACGGCAAGUGCGGCGGCAAGGGAAACGCAAAUGCCCAAAGCGAAAAAAAGGCGGGAAACGUGUGAAGCUACACACGGAGGAUUAGCGCUGCAUGGGAUUCUGCGAGAAGCUUUGCCCCUCCCCCCACAACCCCCCCUUCCUUCGUCCUCCCC